CAGUGUGAGUGUGAAGGAAAGCGUCUCAGUGAUGAUAUAGCCUUCUUCUCCUCCAACUCCUUCUUCUUCUUCUCCAUUCACAUCUCCAUCAGUGUGAGUGGGAAGGAAAUCGUGUCAGUGAUGAGUGAGCCUUCUCCUCCUGUGUCUCUUUCUCUUUCUUCUCCUUCUUCUUCUUCUUUCACUCAAUCAGGGCCAUACGAUGUGUUUUUGAGUUUUAGAGGUGAGGAUACACGCAUAACUUUUACAGACCACUUAUACACUGCUUUGGACCGUCAGGGUAUUCGCACCUUCAUUGAUGAUGACCUUCCAGGAGGAGAAGAAAUAUCACCUCAACUUCUCAAAACCAUUGAAGACUCAAAGAUUUCUGUCAUCGUUUUCUCUGAAAACUAUGCAUCUUCAAGCUGGUGCGUGGGCGAACUUGUUAAGAUCCUUGAAUGUAAAAAAUCAAAGGGACAAAUGGUUAGGCCAAUUUUCUACAAGGUGGAUCCCUCAGAUGUACGACACCAAAGAAGUAGUUUUGGCCACGCAUUUGCCCACCAUGAACUCAAAUUCAAGGAUGACAUGGAGAAAGUGCUCAAAUGGAGAAGAGCUCUUACAGAGGCAGCAAAUUUGUCUGGGUCGCAUUUAAAGGAGGACGAGUAUGAAGCUAAAUUUAUCGGUAAAGUCGUCGAAGAGAUUUCAGUUCAACUGAUCAAUAAGACAUAUUUUGGUGGCCCAGCCUACAAAGUUGGAUUAGAGUCACGUGUAACAGAUGUCAACGAGCUUUUAGGUAUUGAUGGAAAUGGUCGUUGCAUGGUUGGCAUAUGGGGUAUUCCUGGAAUAGGCAAGACGACAAUUGCUAAAGCGGUUUAUAAUUCAAUUGCACGCAAGUUUGAAGGUAUUUGUUUUCUGGCAGAUGUUAGAGGAAAGUCAUCAGUGUAUGGACUAAUCGAACUACAAAAGAAUCUUCUUUGUCAGGUCCUAGGAGACAAAAACUUCAACUUGAUUACUCUCGAUCAAGGAAUAAAUGUUAUCAAGCAACGACUGAGACAUAAGAGGAUUCUCUUAACUCUUGAUGAUGUGAAUCAGUUGGACCAGUUAAACAAUUUAGCAGGAGACGUUGAUUGGUUUGGUGAGGGCAGUAGAGUUAUUGUAACGACAACACAGCAGUGA